AUGUCUGCGUCCUCGCAAGGUCGCAAACCCCCGAACACAGGAGCUGUCGCUCGGAAACCGAGUCUCUCGCCUCUCAAUACUACAUCCAUCAACACGGCACAACCGCAACCCGCAACAGCCCAAAUGGUGAAAAUCGAACCUGCAAAUGCUGAAACAUACCUCGAAUCGGAAGGCAUCCUCGACAAGGAUUCUCGAGUUACCUUCGACUUAAUCUCGGUCGCCCUCCUCAACACGGCAAGCGAUACCAAACUUACAGAGGACACCCUCCGGGCCAGAGUCCGCGCUCUGGCUCUCGUAGGUCAGAAGUACACAACCGAAUUCAUAGCACAACAAACAGUCACACUCGUGAUGGAAGAAGUCAAGCGAGCUCAGGAAAUAGGAAAAGCAAAGGCUGAAAUGGAGACAGAAGAGGUGCGCCAGAGUCUCGAUAAAGCCAAAAUCGCAUUGGCGGAGGAAAUCUCUCGAGUAAUCGAGGCGAAGAAUAUCUGGCUCAAGGCUACAGAAGAUCUGACGUCUCUCAAGGAGACAGUGUCCAAGCUACAGUUGGCGGUAGAAGACAAAAAUGAAGAGACUAAGGGGAAGAUGGGGCAGUUGAAGGACGCGAUUGAGAGAGCGGCAGAUGAAAUGAUAAUGGAUAGGCAGUUGGCAAGGGAAGAUAUCGCUAACUCCCUUGGCCCAAUGGGUAAUCCCUACCCGUUUAACCCUCUAUACACUAACACGGCGGGAGACCCGAACCACUACCCCUACCCCGGCCCUCCCCCACGCUCCUAUGCAGACGCUGCGGCACUACCCCCUUCGGUUUCUCAACCUGAGAGGGAUAUCCAACAACAGCAAGCCCUCGACCGCUUGAGGGGCAGUGAAGAGAAGAGGGACCGUCAGCUCAUGCUCGACGCAGAUGAUGUAGGAGCGAACGGCAACACCGACCUCACCGAAAAAGAACUAACGGAGAAAAUCGACAAGUCGCUUCGAGACCUAACCGCCGAAUCUCUCUACAACAUCGAGGAAGUUGGCGUCCUCCGUUGCGACAAGGUCACCAAGCUGCCGAGAGGAGGAGUACUCAUCUUAAUGAACUCGAUCAAAUCGAAGAAAUUCUUAGACCAACCCGACAUUGCGGAACGCUUCGCGGAGGUUCUCGGCAUCACUACGAAAAUCAUCCCACGUAAAUACAAGGUAGUCAUCGAGAAGGUCUCGACCAACACAAACCUGGGCGACCCCGAGCUACCAAGACGUAUCGAGAAAGACAAUGGACUAGUGGAGGGAGAGCUGGUUGGACUCAAAUGGAUCAAAAACCCCGCACGACGAUCCCCCGACCAGCGACACGCGCAUAUAGUAGCUGAGUUCCGCACUAAAUCAUCAGCUAAUGCCUUCAUUAAAGAACCGAGACUCAUUGAGCACGAAUUCGUGCACUCGUCCAAGUACAACACCGACGGCUUCCGCUGCUUCAAAUGUCAAAGACCAGGUCACAAAUCGGCUGAAUGCCCACAACAUCACGAAACGUGUGGUACAUGCGCCCAGAAUCACCGAACUGACAAAUGCAACAGGACAGCGAACCCUCACUGCGUCACCUGCAACGAGGCUGGUCACGCCACUUGGGACCGCGACAACUGUCCUAAGUAUUUUAUUCCUAAUAACUCACGUUCUAUGCACACAGCCGACCGACACUACAAAUAUUAUGUUACGGAUGAGCAAUGGACCUGGGCCCCGGCCUCCAACUCGUCGAAACGACCCACCCAGACUCGCCGCUCCGCACCCAUCACCGACUUUAUUCGACAGAAUGGACGGAAAAACGGCGGGAGACGACCUAGGGCCGCUACCGCUUCCUCGACAGGCACCCGGUCGCCGGUCAAUCGCCCUGGCAGUCGAGCUUCGGGACAUGCCCGACCGAGCACACCUACCAAUUUGAUCCAGACUACGCUCCCUUUCACUUCACCCAUUCCCCCGCGUUACUCACCUUGCCGUCCCAUCAUCCCUGGCCCACCUACUAAUGAGACUGACCCUAUCCCCACGAUGCUAAUUACUGACGUCGCCCCAGCUCCCCUGGCCGACCCCGCCGUAGAAUCUACGAAUGUCUAG